ACCAGGGAGGCAUUGAGGGGGAAAUGGAUCCCAUUUGGUAGAGGGCGGAGAACCAGGGAGGCAUUCAGGGGGGGUUCCCGACGCGGGACGGACAUCCACUGGCAGGCAGUCAUUACUCAUGUCCGUCAUCGCCCAGGCUACAGUCCUUCACCAGACAGCUGUACGACGGGGGGCGAGGUGCACCGAUUCGUGUCCCGGCAGCCCCCCUCCCCUCUUCGCAGUCUCAUGCAGACGCAGCGGGGCAACGUGCCCGGUCCCAUGUUCGGCCACCUUCGGCCAGUAUGCCUCUUGGAGGUGGUCACAUGGGACACACACCGUACGCCACCCAAGUCGGUGGCGGGUAUGGCGUGGGCAGUGCAAAUACGUUGCCGGUGGGAAGCGGGUUCGGCUUCGCUGCUCACGUGUUCCCUGCGCAGCAGACGUUUGAUAGGGGGAGCGCACUGCGCAAUGAUCGCCCUUGGUCCCCCCAAUCCGGCCAGACUUCCCAGUCGUCGCAUGCCAUGUACUCCAGCACCACCACUUUAUCCAGCAAGCGGUCACCUUCCACUCCCGGUCCUUCCACUGUGGACGCCGACGGACGCGACAUGGACAAUGCAUGGACGCCGCAUUACGGAACUUCCGUCCCGUCGGGGUUCGUCAGCGACGCCACAAAUGGCUACGAUGGUCAAGCGUGCAAGGAUAUGGAGGAUGACACCGGUAAUGGAGAUGGAGAUGAUGUUGAUGACGAGAAUGGCGAUGGAGGCGGUGAACGACAGGCCACCGAAAACAAAAAACAAAACCUGGCGUGGAUGUUGGAGGAGAGGAUAUGGCUGGCAAAGAUGAUGGGGGAGGACGAUGCGCUCAUGGCUGAUGCCAAUGGACAGCAUCGGUUCAUGAAAAGGAAGGAGCGGUAUGCGUUGGUGGCUGAUCGCAUGGCAUCCGGCAGUUUUCCUCAGAGAACUACGGAGGACUGCCGUAAGAAGUGGACGUCCAUGUUGACGAAGGCGAAGCUCAUCCUUGACAAGUGCGAGAACGCGUCUGGCCUGCCGUCGUACUGGGACACAGACCUGGAAAAGCAGAAGGAGUUGCAGGUGCCUCUCGCCUUCGAGAACCCGCUGUGGGAUGCCAUGCAAUGGAAACUGAACAGACCAUCUAUGACGUGCGACCAGACAUUGGGCUCUGGGGACCCGGCGGGAGCGGGAGUAGGAACGCCACCUUCGGGAAGAAGUGGAUCCGGAAAAAGCGGGUCUAAGGCGAGAGGAACGGACGGCUCGAAGUGCGCAGCGAAGAUGCAAAGAACGUUGUCAGGGAAAACAAGGAUGGACGACGCUGGGACCGGCGGAUUGACUUUGGCGAGGGCGAUGGAGGAAUAGACACGAUCCCACUGCGAUGGUCUUGACAAGGUCGCUUCUACAUUGGCGAAGGCAACCUCGGAUGUCAGGACUGCGA